AUGCCUGGUGGAGCGGUUGUCUCUGCGCCUGGCGAUGCCUUGCGCGUCGAGGCUCCAGUCACUUUCAAGGCCUACCUGAUGUGUGCCUUUGCCGCGUUCGGUGGUAUCUUCUUCGGAUAUGACUCUGGUUAUAUCAGCGGUGUUCUUUCGAUGAAUGCCUUCAUUCAGGAGUAUGAGGGUCUCGACCCCGCCACUACUGACCCAGCCAAGUUUGUUAUCCCGGCGUCUCGGAAAUCGCUUAUCGUCUCCAUUCUCUCAUGCGGUACUUUCUUCGGUGCCUUGAUCGCCGGUGAUCUGGCUGAUUGGUACGGUCGUCGGAUUACAAUCAUUGCGGGCUGUGGCAUUUUCAUCAUUGGUGUCGUUCUACAGACUGCUGCUAGCGCCUUGGGACUUCUCGUUGCUGGUCGUCUGAUUGCUGGAUUCGGUAUCGGUUUCGUCUCCGCGAUCAUUGUUCUCUACAUGUCUGAGAUUGCUCCCCGCAAGGUCCGCGGUGCCAUCGUCUCAGGUUACCAGUUCUGCAUUACCAUCGGUUUGAUGUUGGCAUCCUGUGUGGAUUACGGCACCGAGAAGCGCACGGACUCGGGAGCCUACCGGAUUCCCAUUGCUCUCCAAAUGCUUUGGGCUAUUCUGUUGGCAACUGGAUUGUUCUUUUUGCCUGAGUCCCCCCGAUUCUUUAUUCGCAAGGGUAACAAGGAAAAGGCCCGUGAGGUCCUAGCCCGUAUCCGUGGACAACCCAUCGAUUCGGACUUCGUUGAACUGGAAAUCAAUGAAAUUGAUGCCAACAACCAGUAUGAGCUUCUACACAUUCCGCAGGGUGGCUACUGGAGUACCUGGUUCAACUGCUUCCGUGGAAGUCUCUGGGACCCUAACAGCAAUCUCCGUCGCACUAUCCUGGGUACCUCGCUGCAGAUGAUGCAACAAUGGACCGGUGUCAACUUCAUCUUCUACUUUGGUACCACCUUCUUCCAGCAGCUGGGCACAAUUCAGAAUCCCUUCCUGCUGACUAUGAUUACUACCAUUGUCAACGUCUUUUCCACCCCUAUUUCGUUCUACACCAUUGAGAAACUUGGCCGUCGGACAUUGCUUCUUUGGGGUGCCUUGGGCAUGGUUGUUUGCCAAUUUAUUGUCGCGAUCAUCGGUGUCACCGAUGGUGACAACAACAGCGCUCUUAGUGCAAUGAUCGCUUUCAUUUGCAUCUACAUCUUCUUCUUCGCUAGUACCUGGGGUCCCGGCGCUUGGGUCGUCAUUGGUGAAAUCUUCCCUCUUCCCAUCCGGUCCCGCGGCGUUGCUCUUUCUACCGCUUCCAACUGGCUCUGGAAUUGUAUCAUCGCCGUCAUCACCCCUUACAUGGUGGACGAGGACAAAGGUAAUCUUGGAGCCAAGGUGUUCUUCCUCUGGGGCUCGCUAUGUGCCUGUGCCUUUGUCUACACAUACUUCCUGGUUCCUGAGACCAAGGGUCUUACGCUUGAGCAGGUUGACAAGAUGAUGGAAGAGUCCACACCUCGCACGUCUGCCAAAUGGAAGCCUCAGACCACCUUUAGUGCCGAGAUUGGAAUGGUCGACGAAAAGACCGCUGGCCCCACUGUCACUCAGCAGGAGGUUUAA